AUGGACAGCAAACUGAACGCCUUCCUGGCCGCUGUGCCUGCCAACGCGCGCGCUCCCACGUCGUCGCCGCUCACUCCCUCUGCCCCACAGCAGUUGGAGGAGGUCCGAGCAACGCACGAGCACGUCGAGUCGCCACCGACGACUCCGCCGACGCGCCACUGGUGCUCGCCUUUGCAGCGGCUCCAGCAGAACUUGCACCUCCCGAGCACCUUUGACCGCGAACAAGACCGACCCGAGGACGAUGAUCGGGCCAGUACAGCGCGGCCAUCGCUGCUCAAGACGUUCAUGGCUUCCCACACUGCUGCAGCGAAACUGAAGGCGUACAAGAAGGUGUUGGACCGCACGCACGCAAGCAUCAGCACGGAACUGGACGCGCAAUCCGAGGCAGGACCGAUGCGCCUGGCCACGAUACAAGGCCCGCACCACCGUCGUGUGUCGACCGAUACGACGCUGUUCAAUCGCUAUUUGCGUCAACAAGCUGACCGUGACAUAAGUCCAGAAACAGUGCAGCACUUUGCCAAGGUGCCGAUUCUGACUACUGCUGCUGCUGCUGCUGUGAGUCAAGACGGCGUGGAAAGCGAGAUGCGCGAGGAUCAAAGUCAUGAUGCAGAGCACGAUAAGCAUGAACUGGACCCACUCGCGAUUUUGGCGUAUUUCCAAGAAGGGGUGACCAUUCCCGUGUCCAGCGCAGUGGAAAUCAUACGACGGGCGACGAGCCUCAUGUCGCUUGAGCAGAACGUUGUAUCGAUCCGUGCACCGUAUACGCUCGUGGGUGACCUCCAUGGCCAAUUCCAAGACAUGUUGGAGCUCUUCCGUGUGCACGGCUUUCCGGCCGUCGACAAUCCGUUUUUGUUCCUUGGUGAUUAUGUGGAUCGUGGUGUAUCGUCGUGCGAGAUCAUUCUGUUGUUGUUGGCGUUCAAGGUUGAAUUUCCAGAGAGCGUGCAUUUGCUGCGUGGCAAUCAUGAGUGUCGUAGCCUGAGUACGUUCUACGGCUUCCGCGCCGAAUGCCUCGAAAAGUACGGGCCUGUCGUAUAUAAUCGCAUGAUCAAGUGCUUCGAGAGCAUGCCACUGGCAGCGCGACUAGAGACUGUGCACGGCACCUUCCUGGCCGUACACGGUGGAUUGUCACCGGACAUCACGUUUGUCGAGGACAUAAACGCCCAAGUGAACCGCUUUAUGGAGCCAGAGCCAAAGGGGGUCAUGUGUGAUUUGCUCUGGUCAGAUCCAGCCAAAGGCGAAGCACAAGAGCACGAGUGGGCGCCUAAUAGCAUACGCGGCUGCUCAUUUACGUUCAAUGAGCACGCGUGUCACGAGUUUCUGAGACGAAACGAUCUCCUUUCGAUCAUUCGUGCACACGAGCUUGAAGAAGACGGCUACAAAGAGCAUUUUCGCCAUGAAGCGGAUCGCUCAGAAGAAGGUGUCAGUGGCGAACUGGUGUUGCCCGCGGUUGUGACUGUGUUUUCAGCUCCGGAAUACUGUAACACAAAUCACAAUGUCGGGGCGACUCUGAAGAUUCCUUGGGAAAAGCAAAAUGGCCGUUUGCUGCAGUAUCAGCAGCACAAGCGUAGUCAACAUGCCGAGUUCGAUUAUGCUUGCCCGAGCGAAGACAAAGCAGCGAAGGCGUUUUUGAAAGAGAAUCUGCCGUUUUUGCCGAUCGACUUUUACGACUUGGUGAACGUGUGCCGGCAAUUGCGCUUUACACUUGAGCAGGCAGCCAAGACGUCGUCGUCGCAUUCGUCUGCGACUAAAGUGUUACAAAAGAAAAGGUCGUUUGUGUCCUCGCUGUGUGCACCAUCUACAGCUCUCGAAAUGACGAUCCAGGAAGAUGUUGAGCUCCCUGCGUCACCACCUUAUUUUGCUCCUGUGAGUGAUUCGAGCAUUGAGGAUACUGAGGACAGCGCUACAAGCUCUUCCGGUGAUUUGUCGCAGGAUUGGGAACUUGUUGGGGAAACGAAAGACGCUGGGCCUACGGGUAGCACAAGUCUGACUGAGCGUAUAAAGGAUGAGAAGAAGGACAACAAGUUGAACACGAAGAUUGAGAAGAAGCAAAAGCAGCAAAAGGAUAAGACAGGCUGGGAUACAAACCGAAUCGUGAGCGGAUGGAAGUUUUCUCCUGGUUUCGUGCGCUUCUACGAUCGGUAUUUUGCCCGUGAUAGCUCGAAAAAAUGUGAGGCGGACACUUCUACGACUCAAAGCCGUGCAAGCAGAAUAGAUCCGGGGAUGUACCGGUCCCCCUCAAGUCGCUCGACUUCCACGGGCGACGCCGCGUGUAGCAGCGAGGCAAACGGCACUUUUGUGGAAACUGCUGGACCUAGCCGACGAAAAAGCAUGACGGAUUGGAUACCAAUGCCGUCUUUUGAGCAGGUGGCGCGGCUGACGAACACUCUUCAGGGCCACAUCACACUUCAAGGAAGCGGUGUCAGCGUAUUUACGAAUUUGCAAUGGCAAGCCUUGAAGUUGUGGUUUUCGAUCUUGGAUCUCGAUGGUAAAGGCGUGCUUGUAGAAGAAAGCUUUGUCGUUCUUCUCGCCGAGCAAGACACUGAUGCUUACGCGACUGAAGAUGAGCUGAGCCUUUUGAUGGAAGUCGUGGACUGUAACGCAGAUGGCCGAAUCACCGAGCAAGACUUUUUGCUGUUUGCGUACCGCGCUUUGCUGCAAUGGAAGAAAGCUAUGCAUGGCUCGCGCAAGUAG